AAUGACUAGUUUUUGAACAUGUGGAAUAUCCUUUUUGUAUGCUGUGGAAUACAUGAUACAAAGAUCUUUCUUUGGAUCAUGGUGAGAUAGACAUAGAUUAUGGAUUUUUCCGAGGUAUUUUGAAGGUAGACAACCCAGUUAACGUGUUUACCACACCGAAAAUUCUUGUCGGCCACCUGGCGCUGCUUUGUCGGACUAGAGAAAUCCAAGACGACAUUUACAUUUCAUGGUUCCGAGUUGGUUGACUUUCUUGUUUGACAACAUAAAAAAAUCAGAGUUCAAGUGCUAAAAACCACCAGGAAAAGUGCAUAAAUCGUCGCUAGCCGAAGCCACAUCAAAGUUCUUUGUUAGUUCGUUCAUUUUACUGACACGCCAAACUCACGAUUAUGAAAAUGCCAGGCAACCAAACCAACGACAACGGUUUAUAUGACUACGGGGAAAAUUCCUAUUUUAACGAGGGUAUCGACAACAACGGCGUCGAAGAAUUCAACUCGCCUGCUGAAGAUGAUUUUUCUGAAUACCUCUGGAUGGAAAACGAGGAAGAAUUCGACAAGGAGGAACUUCAAAGAUUAGAAGAGGAAGCUCUUAUGGAACAGUGUAUUGAAGCCAUGUUGGACGAUGAAAAUUCUGAAAGAUCCCAAAAUAACUCAGAAUCGACCAACGACGUGACCAACUUGAUAAACAACUUAAAGUUGGACGUUGAUGUCAAGUCGAGUAAUUUGAACCCCCUGGCGGCGGAAUUCGUUCCUGGGGGUAACAACACGAGCGGCAACACUGUAGAGAGGGUGGCAAACGGUUCUUCGUAAUUAUGUUUAUUUAUAUUAAUGAAAAAAAAAAAGACAAAUUUGGAAUCUCACAUGUAAAUAUCAUUGUUCUUAAAAUUAGUCAUUUUUUUUAUUGUUGAUCAUUUAUGUAGAAUUGUUCGAAUCUCUGUUAGCUUACUUAAUGCAUCUAGGAAAAAUUUGAUGGGCGAAUAUAAGAUUUUUUUAUUGGUAGUUAUUUAUGAAUAUAUGUAUAUUUUAGGCAAUUUUAAAAACUUCUACAAAUAGAAUGAACUAAGAAAAUAUUAUAUACGCCCGGAUUUUUUCUGGUAGUACACAUAUACUUAAAUUGUUGGUAUUUUUUUUAUUUUUUGGACUAAUGUCUACAAGUACGAGUAAAUAAUUUUUUUAUUUUUCAUAUGCGGUAUAUUCCAUGCUAAAUGGAAUUUCCAAUAUACAAACACAUAGAAUUUUGCUUCGGUAUGGCGCAGCUUAACAGAAAAAAGAAUUCUUAAAAAAGUGAGAUUACCUAUUGAUCUUAUCGUUAUACAGCUGCUUAAAGAUCUCAUAUUUUUUGAAACGUUAUUAAAUAUUAAUAAUACAUAAUUAAAAAUAAAACACCAUAGAGUGAUUAUACAAUGGCAGCUUUAAUGACAUUUAGUAAUGUGGGUUUAAAAAUGCUUAAUCUUGGUUUCAGGCUUAUAGAGUCCACAGAAAAAAUAAAAUUAUGACGAAUUGUGUCAUCUUUUUAUCCUGUUAUGUCAAGUUUUCGAGUUAAGAACCGUUUUAGCUUAAAACUUUUAGGUCAUAUCCGUCAAUUACACUUUUAAGGUUAAGUUGACAAAAUGCACAAAAAACAACAAUUUGGUAAAUUAGAAAAAAAUAAAUGACUAAAACGCUUCUUAGCCAAAAACUCGAUUUUUGUGAUGUCAAUAAACUUGUGGACACUACCUACUAAUGAUUUAUAUUAUAUAAAAAACACACAGAAAACUCGCAAAAAAAUAUAGGCAUGUUUAUUUCAAAAAAAUAAAAGAAAGAAAACAAAGCAAUAUUAAUUACAUCGGUUUUAUUUUGUAUUAGUAUAAGUAUUAAAAAAGUCCUCGUCACAAUCUCUUAAAUAAUCUACACUUAACCUCAAUCUUGUGCUUCGGUUUUGUGCGUGAUAAAAAAGGCUGUGCGAGAACAAAAAAAUUACUUUUGUACCUUUUAGCCACAACUGUUUUUUUCUCCCAUAUUUGUUUUGCUCUCUUAAAACUCAAAAAAAUUAUAUUGAAUAUAAAUAAAACAAUUCACUUUUAGAAUGGUGCAGAAGAAGUAUAAGUUUGUAUAAUUCUUAUAAGAUAAAUAAAUUAUUUGAAUU